AUGGUGGUUUAUGUACUAGCGUUGGUUGCGGCUCCUUUUGACGACUUUUCUCACUUUCAUUUUCUUUUACUGGUCUUUGGGGUCUUUCCUCUCUUUUUCUUUACAUAUAAGCGGCUCCUUUUGACGACUUUUCUCACUUUCAUUUUCUUUUACUGGUCUUUGGGGUCUUUCCUCUCUUUUUUCUUUACAUAUAAGCGGCUCCUUUUGACGACUUUUCUCACUUUCAUUUUUCUUUUACUGGUCUUGAAUUUCCCUUCAUGUCUUUCCUCUUUUCUCUUUUCAUAUAAGAGUCUGUUUUUGAGAAUUUUUCUCCCUUUCAUUUUCCUUUCGUCUGUGUCUGAUUUUGAGAACUUUUCUCACUUUCUUUUUCUUUUCUUCUGGCCUUGUAUUUCUCUUGAGUUUUUUCCCUCUCUUACUCUUUUCGUAAUAGGGUAUCUUUUUGAGAACUUUUCUCACUUUCUUUUUCUUUUCACCAGAUAUGUGUCUCUUUUUGAGAAUGUUUCUCACUUUCUUUUCCUUUUCAUCUCGUGUGAAUUUGCACUCCUUCUCUUUUCAUAUAAGUGUUUCUUUUUGAGCAUUUUUUCACUUUCUUAUUCUGUUCGUCUGACUUUAAUUUCCUUUGAGAUCUUUCCUCUCUUUCUAUUUUCAUAUCUUUCAUCUGCUCUUGACUCUCCUUUGACGUCUUUCCUCUCUUUCUCUUUUCAUAUAAGUGUCUUUUUUGAGAUCGUUCCUCUCUUUUUCCUUUCGUCUGAUCUAGGUGAUUGUGUAACGAAUCACUUGAAGCUGUCUUCUUUCACUUUUUUUCGUCUUGAUGCAACAGCAUUCAUCAUUUCUAUACUUUUCACAUAUGCAAAUCGAUAUCUUGUUGUCGCAUCUAUAGCUGAUCGUCCGUUCAGUUUGAAGAGGGACUUUUUCCGCAUGACCAAUGAUAAUGAACUGAUCGCCUUUAUAGUUGUCUGUCCGUUCCAUUCGAAGAUGGACUCACUUUCACAUAUCCAAAUACUUCUUUCGCAUACCCAAAUCUAUAGCUGA